CUUCAAAAAUAUCAUCAGAAUUCAAGUUAGUUUUAGCCAAUACACCUUCGUUAACUAUCAAGAUGAAGCUUAUUCUAACUGUCAUCUUUGGACUACUAGUGACUUCGGCUAGAGCUGCUACAAGGUUCGAUGACCAACUUCUUGAAUUGGUGGAAAGUUUACGUCAACAAAUGCCUUGUGGAUUUGCAGGCCCAGGAAUUCCUCCCCUAGCUCCGUACACCAACAAAUUCAGGCAAUUUGAUUUGAAUAACGUAGGAGUUGAUCUUUCUGGAAAUCUAACAAAUCUCGUUAUCACCGGUAUUGAUGCCUUCGAUGUCCAAGAACUCAGCUACACAACACUCCUGAUGAAGUUGAAAUUCGACGUGAAUUUUAGCCAAAUUCAAAUCUUCAGCCAAUACUACGCUAAGGGUGGUCUUCAGGUGCUCGGAAGGCCACUCACGUUAGUGGGUGAUGGUGAUAUCGAUUUGCUAGCUCAGAAUAUUCGUUUAAAUGGCAGUUUUCAACUUCGACCAACAGCAUCCAAUGGAUUGAAAAUUUGGAAUUUCAAAAGUUCCUUCAACAUGGAUGGCGUUCAAUCCCAGACUACUGGAAUUUUGAAUAGUCCUUUAUAUAGCCGAUUAUUUAACGAGUGGGUUGAGGAAGUAUUUCGGAUUAUAAUUGCAGAUCAUAAGGAUCAAAUCGGUACGAGAAUUGGUAGUCGUGUUGUUCCUUUUGUUAAUGAACAGUUGAAGAAGGUGUCUUUGUUGGAAUUGAUUGGAUUGGUUUUGGGAUUAGGAUCAACUGGCCCUCUUUUUCCACCUUGUGAAGUUUAGAUGAAUUUAUUAAUAAAUAAUCAAAAAAAUUUAA